UAUUAUAAUUUAUAUGGCCACACAUCCCUUUUUUGCAAUGUGAUUGUGGAAGGCUCAAAUUUGGACUUAUCGUAAAUUUUUACUAAAAGCCACUAAAUAUUUUCUUCCCAUUUUUAUUAACCGUUUAUUAAUUAACUCAGUUCGUCGUAAAAACUCAUAUAGUCACUGUCAUGUUCCAUUUGGAAAGUGAUUAAUACUGAACACCAAGAUGUCGGUGAUACUCUUCUACGAUUUUGACAAGAAAAUAUUUGUAUAGGAAAGGCUUUUGUGUAAUUCAUAUGAGCUUAACAUCUUUGAAUGUGUAAAUAAUAUAUAGAUAGAUAAACUGCAAGAUGAGUCAGCUCGCCGAUGAAAAUGUACAGAAUAUAAGAAGCAAUCAAAAGUGUUCGAAUGUGAAAAACAAAACUAAAAAGUCCAAAGAUCCUUCUGUAGUUGCCGAUGAAGAACGUAUAAAAGUAAGUGAAGAGAAAUUAAGCGAAGUGUUAACUAAUGCACUGAAUAUAAAUCAUCACAAUAACCUUACGAAUGGUACUAGCGAACAUUCAAAGUGUGAUAUUCUGAAAUCUAAUUUAGAACCAUUAGCACAAGAAUCAGCUCCAUGUAAAGAAACUUGUGUAAAUAGUGUACAUUGUAGUGAUUUAUCUCAAAAAACAGAAAAUCAUGAAAAUGGUUCUUCUGAACAUGAAGACAGUAGAUGUUCUGCAGAGGAAAUAUUGAAACAUAAUGAGAAUUGUCAGCAACAGCAGCAAGAGAAUCAUGGUGACAUUGCUAUAAUAUCAUAUGAAUCAGAAUUACAAAUGCCAGAAAUUAUGAGACUUAUACAAAAGGACUUGUCUGAACCAUAUUCUAUCUACACUUAUAGAUAUUUUAUACAUAAUUGGCCUAAGUUGUGCUUUUUGGCAAUUCAUGAAGGGAAGUGCAUAGGUGCCAUUGUUUGUAAGUUAGACAUGCAUCGCAAUGUUGUAAAGAGAGGUUACAUUGCUAUGUUGGCAGUUGAUAAGAGAUAUAGGAAAAGGGGGAUUGGUUCAAGACUUGUCCAAAAAGCAAUACAGGUUAUGAUUAAUGACAAUGCUGAUGAAGUUGUAUUAGAAACAGAAAUCACUAACAAGCCUGCACUCAAACUAUAUGAGAAUCUGGGCUUUGUGAGAGACAAGCGCUUAUUUCGAUAUUAUCUUAAUGGAGUAGAUGCAUUGCGAUUGAAACUUUGGCUGAGGUGAAAUUCAUAGUCAUCCUUUGGGAUCUCUUAUAUGUUGUGUUGUAUGAACACUGCUGUUUCAGGUCAAUAUAUGUUAACAAUACACUGUUAUUUAUAUUGAUACCUAUUACAUCUGCCAUCUGGAUUUUAGCCAAAAAUAUUUUAAUACAAUUUUUUAUUUUAUUAGUCAUGUGGUUUGUUUUCUUUUUGUAUUUUUAUGUUUAUAAAAUUGUUAAUUAAAGUGUCUGUAUUUCUUUGAUGUUUUAUCUCAAUUAUAUAUAAAUUAUAUCUGAUAAAUUACCCUAUAUGAAAAUACACAACUUUGAAGAAUC